CUGUGACUCUUUUUUUCUUUCUCUUUCAUUAUUUAAUUCUCCGGCGAGAACUGUAGAGUUUCGGAGAGCCGGUGACCACCAUGGGGUCGGCAUUGCUAUCAGAUCUGGCUACGGAGAUCAUUAUUCCGGUGUGUGCUUUGAUUGGGAUCCUGUUCUCACUGGUCCAGUGGUUCCUCGUCUCACAGGUGAAACUCUCACCGGAACGAAAUGGCUUGUCGCCGAAGAACAACAAGAAUGGAUACAACGAUUACUUGAUUGAAGAGGAGGAAGGUAUAAACGACCAUAGCAUCGUCGCUAAGUGCGCCGAGAUUCAGAAUGCUAUCUCUGAAGGUGCUACAUCCUUUUUAUUUACUGAAUAUAAGUAUGUGGGGGCUUUCAUGAUUGCAUUUGCAAUUCUGAUCUUCCUCUUCCUUGGCUCUGUUGACAACUUUAGCACAGAGAGCCAUCCCUGUACUUACAACAAGAGUAGAAUGUGCAAGCCAGCACUUGCCACUGCUCUUUGCAGCACUGUGUCCUUCGUGCUUGGUGCUAUUACCUCAGUUCUGUCUGGUUUUCUUGGGAUGAAGAUUGCUACAUAUGCAAAUGCAAGGACAACCUUAGAAGCAAGAAAAGGUGUUGGAAAGGCUUUCAUUGUUGCCUUCAGAUCUGGUGCAGUGAUGGGGUUUCUCCUUGCUGCAAAUGGCCUUUUGUUUCUUUACAUUGCCAUCAAUCUCUUCAAGUUGUACUACGGUGAUGACUGGGAAGGACUUUUUGAAUCAAUCACUGGUUAUGGCCUUGGUGGUUCCUCCAUGGCUCUGUUUGGAAGAGUUGGUGGGGGCAUCUAUACAAAGGCUGCUGAUGUUGGUGCUGACCUUGUAGGAAAAGUGGAAAGGAACAUUCCAGAAGAUGACCCUAGAAAUCCAGCUGUGAUUGCUGACAAUGUCGGUGAUAAUGUUGGGGAUAUUGCUGGGAUGGGAUCUGAUCUUUUUGGCUCAUAUGCUGAAUCGUCUUGUGCUGCACUUGUUGUUGCUUCUAUCUCGUCUUUUGGAAUAAAUCACGACUUUACUGCAAUGUGUUAUCCUUUGAUCAUUAGUUCAGUGGGAAUACUUGUUUGUGUGAUCACCACCCUCUUUGCUACUGACUUUUUUGAAAUCAAGGCUGUCAAGGAAAUCGAACCAGCACUGAAAAAGCAGCUCAUUAUCUCCACUGUUCUAAUGACUCUGGGGGUUGCACUUGUUAGCUGGAUUGCCCUGCCGUCAUCUUUCACAAUCUAUAACUUUGGUGCUCAAAAACUUGUGAAGAAUUGGCAGUUGUUCUUGUGUGUGGGUGUUGGUCUUUGGGCUGGACUUAUUAUCGGGUUUGUGACCGAGUAUUACACCAGCAAUGCUUACAGCCCCGUGCAAGAUGUCGCUGAUUCCUGCAGGACUGGAGCUGCCACUAAUGUUAUCUUUGGCCUUGCAUUGGGAUACAAAUCUGUCAUCAUCCCUAUUUUUGCCAUUGCAAUAAGUAUUUUUGUUAGCUUCAGCUUUGCUGGCAUGUAUGGUAUUGCUAUGGCUGCUCUUGGAAUGCUUAGCACCAUCGCCACUGGAUUGGCCAUUGAUGCUUAUGGUCCCAUCAGUGAUAAUGCUGGAGGCAUUGCUGAGAUGGCUGGUAUGAGUCACACAAUCCGUGAGAGAACUGAUGCCCUUGAUGCUGCUGGAAACACCACAGCCGCUAUUGGCAAGGGAUUUGCCAUUGGAUCUGCCGCCCUGGUUUCAUUGGCAUUAUUUGGCGCUUUUGUGAGUCGUGCCGGAAUUUCAACCGUUGAUGUGUUGACCCCAAAGGUUUUCAUUGGUUUGAUUGUCGGUGCCAUGCUUCCUUACUGGUUCUCUGCCAUGACCAUGAAGAGUGUGGGUAGUGCUGCUUUGAAGAUGGUUGAGGAAGUUCGCAGGCAGUUUAAUACCAUUCCUGGUCUCAUGGAGGGCCUUGCCAAGCCUGACUACGCCACUUGUGUAAAGAUCUCUACUGAUGCAUCAAUCAGGGAGAUGAUUCCCCCCGGUGCCCUCGUCAUGCUUACACCUCUAAUUGUAGGAACAUUUUUUGGGGUCGAGACUCUAUCUGGCAUUCUUGCUGGCUCUCUCGUUUCUGGUGUGCAGAUAGCAAUAUCUGCAUCCAAUACCGGUGGAGCAUGGGACAAUGCUAAGAAGUAUAUUGAGGCUGGUGCAUCGGAGCAUGCUAGGACCCUUGGGCCAAAGGGAUCUGAACCACACAAGGCAGCUGUGAUUGGUGACACCAUUGGAGACCCACUCAAGGACACUUCAGGCCCAUCGCUCAACAUUCUUAUUAAGCUCAUGGCAGUUGAAUCACUUGUUUUUGCUCCCUUCUUUGCCACCCACGGUGGCUUGCUUUUUAAGAUCUUUUAAGAUCGAAGGAGGGAUGAUGAGAAACAUGUGGGGGAAGAGGUUGUCGAUCAAUCUCUUUUUCCCUUGUAGCUUUAUCUCUUUGGCCUUGGUUAUCUUCUCCACAUCUUCCCAAUCUUUCUCUGCAUCCAUUUUCUUCCCGAGUUUGGGAUUUUUAAAGUUAGUCCUUAGUCAAUAUCAUUUUUGAUUAACUCGUGAUGACGAUGACAGUUGUGGUGGCAAGGAUGAUGAUGAAAAUUGUCCUUCUUCGCGAAGGAGAUUUACGGAUUAAUUCUUUUGUACUUUGUAGAAUUGCCACUUGCCUUAUUUUCUUUGUAGAACUGCUUUUCCAUUAAAUCUAGGAGAGCAUGGACAAAAUGUUGCGUAAUUUUGUUGGUUUUCUUGUGAUGCGCUUGAAUGAUUGGCUG